UCACUAAUGGCUUCCCAUUUCUCCGCCCAUAAAAGCCUCGAUUCCGCCUUUCUUCUCCAACAAUUUGCAAUCUGCAUAAUUCCGCAACAGAGAUUGAAUCGAUACAGAUACUUGUCGCUAUGAAAUUUGCCAGAAUGAUCCGCGGGAAGCUUUUCCGGCCGAAGAAAUCGAGCUCUAUUAUUGAUCCGCCGGAGUCCUUCAGCUCGCAGAUGACGGCAUCCUCCACCGCAUCGGAGGACGGCGGUUUCAAAAAGGUUAACGGUGCAUCGACUCCGACGAGUGUGCUUCCGGCGGAGAUAUCUCCCGACGAGCUGCCGGAGAUCUCAGCCGACGUUUACUUGGAGCUGAAGCAGGCGUUUGAAAUGAUCGAUCGCGACGGCGACGGGAAGAUCCGAAAGGAAGAGCUCGAAGGAUUGCUCCUCCGGCUCGGCGCCGAGCCGAUGAGCAAGGAGGAGCUGAAUUCGAUGCUGAAUGAAGUGGAUAGGGAUGGGGACGGGUGUAUUAGUCUGCAGGAGUUCUACGCUAUCGGCUCCGCCUUCGCGCCGGCGGCCGGCGACGGCGAGCUGAGGGAAACAUUUGACUUCUUCGACUCCGAUCGCGACGGGAAGAUUACGGCGGAGGAGCUUUUUAACGUCUUCCGUACUAUCGGCGACGCCCGGUGCACGUUAGAGGACUGCCGGCGCAUGAUAGGAGGCGUGGAUAGAAAUGGAGAUGGGUUCGUCUGCUUCGCGGACUUCAGCCGUAUGAUGGAGCCGCAGCCACAAGCCUGAAUUUAAUAACUAUAUACAGAUCGUUUUUAAUUAUUAUUAUUAUUAUUAUUCUUUCAAUAAAUAAAUAAAUAAAUCGAAUACUCUUUUGUAUUAGCUUGUAUAUAAAUGAGAAACAAAUCUGCAUUUGUUUGUAAUCA